UUGUUUGAGCCGCUGGUGACGGCUUACCACUACCGCCGACGCGCGGUCGACAUGAUGAGGCCGAUCCUACGAGCCUGUGUGCUGCACAGUGUCUGGCUCGCCCGAAAAGACCGUGUUUUCCGUCCCGAGGCGCCCGCCGUGACGCCCGAAGCGGCCGCUACCCGCACCACGUUCUUGACCAAGCUACAUCUUCACCACUUGAUGCUGAAUACCCAAACGAUGUGCCUCUUCCACAUGAUGCACGCCCUGCGCCACGACGCCUGGCUUCGUGACCACCUCGUCCCCGCUUGCGCCAUCCAUACUAGUGCGCCUCGCCUUCAACACGGCCAAGCCUCGCCGCUGCAGCCGUCGAGCACCAAAAUCAGUUGA